UUAGUUGAGUUGCAAAUGUUAGCCGUAAACGAGAACUCGUUGACCAGUUUGCCCGACUCUUUGGCCAAUCUUAAAGUGCUUAAAGUACUUGAUCUCAGACACAACAAACUCAAUGAGAUUCCUGAUGUGGUCUAUAAACUCACUUCUCUCACAACACUUCACCUCCGCUUCAAUCGUAUCAAAAUAGUCGGCGAAAACAUCUCUCAUUUAACGAACCUAACAAUGCUUAGUCUUAGGGAAAACAAGAUUAAGGAACUGCCGGGUGGUGUGGGACGGCUCACACAACUGGUCACUCUCGACGCUUCCAACAAC